UCUCUCUCUCUCUCUCUCUCUCUCUCUCUCUCAUUCUCUCUCUCUCCCGAUUCAAAGCAUGGCGACGGUGGUGGCUACACGGGCGUGCGAGACCGAGGGCUGCAGCAAAGAGGCCAAACUGCAGUGUCCCACCUGUAUUAAACUCGGCAUACAAGGAUCGUAUUUCUGCUCUCAGGAAUGUUUCAAAGGCAGCUGGGGUACCCACAAACUGCUCCACAAGAAAGCAAAGGAAGACAAGAAGGAUGAGGAAAAGAACUGUGUUGAGAAGGAGGUCAACACGGAUCCCUGGCCUGGAUACAAGUACUCUGGCAAGCUCCGACCUCACUAUCCUCUGACACCCAUGCGUCCCGUUCCAGGGCAUAUUCAGAGGCCGGACUACGCCGAUCACCCGCUGGGGAUGUCUGAGACGGAGCAGACCCUUAAAGGGACUUCCCAAAUUAAGACCCUUACUCCUGAAGAGACUGAGGGCAUGAGAAUGGUCUGCAAGCUUGCACGAGAGGUUCUCGACAUUGCUGCCAUGAUGGUGAAACCUGGUGUGACAACAGAAGAGAUUGAUCACGCUGUACAUCUGGCAUGUAUAGCACGGAACUGCUAUCCAUCACCCCUCAAUUACUACAACUUUCCAAAGUCCUGCUGUACCUCAGUGAAUGAGGUCAUCUGCCAUGGAAUACCAGACCGCCGCACCCUUCAAGAGGGGGACAUCCUUAAUGUGGACAUUACCGUUUUCCACAACGGUUACCAUGGAGAUCUGAAUGAGACAUUUUUUGUCGGUGAGUUGGAUGAUGGGGCAAAAAGGCUCGUCCAGACUACAUACGAAUGUCUUAUGCAAGCUAUUGAUGCUGUGAAACCCGGUGUACGUUAUCGUGAGCUGGGGAACAUCAUUCAGAAACACGCGCAAGCUAAUGGAUUUUCUGUGGUGCGCAGUUACUGUGGUCACGGCAUCCACAAACUCUUUCACACCGCACCCAACGUGCCGCAUUAUGCAAAGAAUAAAGCUGUUGGGGUGAUGAAACCUGGUCAUGUCUUUACGAUUGAACCCAUGAUCUGUGAAGGUGGUUGGCAGGAUGAGACAUGGCCAGAUGGUUGGACAGCUGUUACUCGAGAUGGGAAACGUUCUGCCCAGUUUGAACACACACUUCUGGUGACCGAAACAGGUUGCGAGAUUCUCACUCGUCGACUCGAUGAAAACGGCCGCGCCCACUUCCUGUCUCAGAUGUAAAGUGCUCAAAUGAGAGCCCAGGCCCCUCCCCCCACAGUGGAGGACACAUCUGCUCCGCCCCUGUCACUGAUCAGCCAGUCACACUGUAGUUCUCUGUUGGGCAGAAGAUUAUUGGCCAAAUGGCCAUGGUGAUGGAGUGUCUGUCUGGGCAAGAAGCGGAAAAUUUGUUUAUUUAUGAAAUUGUCAUCUGAACAUUCAUAGGACUCUGGUUUUGGAUCUGAUCAGACUGGAAGGCACUGACCUUUGACCUGCUUGCAGAUGCACCACCCUUUGCUUGGUGUGUGCGCGCCUGCGUGUGUGUGUUUGUGUGUGUGUGUAUCUGUGAGAGAAAGAAAGAUCUCAUGCUUUAUUGAAUGUUUGAGUUCUGGAAUAAUUAUAUGUAUGUGUCCAGUUCUGAACGGUACGCAUGUCAUAUGUUUCCAAAUUAUACCAAACAGACUGAUUAAUAAAAUCUGACUGCAUUUUUUUUUUCUUUUUCCUUUUUGGUUUCUCCCAACCAUAUUUUCUGGCUACAGCCUUCUAUUUACAAAAGAGUGCCUCAUGACAAGCCAUGUAUUUCAUGCAUCAGACUGUUUUAUUGUUAGUUCUUUGAGUCAGUGAUAUAAGUGACUGUAUGAUUUGUUUGUUAUUGGCUGAUGUGUUAUCAAACCGUUCUGCAGCAUUGAACUAGCAUCGCUAGGUUUGUGGUCAUUGUGUGUGUGUGUGUGUGUGUGUGUGUGUGUGUGUGUGUGUCUGAAAACCAGUCAAAACCAUUUCACCGGUCUGCAUUCAAGGCUGUAUUAAAGCAGAUUUUCCCUGUGGAACCAUCCUAGGUUUUAUGUUCUUUUUUUACCCCACCCAUAUGUGAGUAAAUUGUGUCUGUCUGUGUAAAAGUCCAGUUUUGGAUUUUGGUAUGGGGACGUUGAGAAAUUAGUUUAUACAAACUUGCAAGAGUAUAGUGAAUUCUCCGUAAAUAAAAUGUUUAGUCUAAUUUA